AUGUCAGCCAGCCCUCAACCUUUGCAUUCAUCUAUUGGGCAACACGACGCUCAACAAAUGACAGAUUACAUGAUUGGUCAUCAUAGCUACAUGAAUCCAUCAUCGAGCAUUGAGAACGGCAACAAUAAAGAUUACGGGGGAUCGUUGGUAUCGAGUGAUUUGCAAAGUGCAGACAAUAUAUAUGGCAGUAUAGUAAAACAGGAGCUGGACUAUCAUGGAUUGGAUAAAGACAGCAUGGACCGGAGUACCAGAACUCAAGUCCAGGGUGUCAGUGCGAGGACCAACAGUGACAUUGGCAUUAUCAACAACGGCCACAGUAUAAGUGGCAACGAUAUCAUUGAUAAGAAAGACAUUGGCUUUUCAACAGAUUCUCCAUCUGCAAUCGGCAACGCCAGCCAUUUCGAUUUAUCACUGCUUGGACAGAACAUGGGCAGCCGGAAGGAAGGAUCGCAUGACAAGAAAUCAACACCUGAGUCGGCAUUUGACCAAAUGGCGGAGAUAACAAAAACUGCAGGCGACAUAAACAUCAACGAUCAAUCCAUGGGCUCUUCUUUGGGCAGUUCACUGAAUGCAGAGAUUAACACAGCCAUCAACAAUAGCGUAGGAUCCGGCAGCAGAAAAAAAGCAACCAGCGGCCAGAAUCUAUCACUGCAAAACUUUCAUUUGGAUCCGCAGGACUUCCAGAACUUUCUCAUGAUCAACCCUCCUAUAGUGGAGUACAGCCCUUAUUAUUACAUGAUGUCGAUGAACGGCAACAGUGCCGAGUCGGCGGCCAAUGUGGCGAAUGCAGCCGCAAGUGUAGCGCAGCAAAGCCAUCAGUUAAACCAGCAAGGCCAGCACAACAGAAUAGGCCAGCAUGGCAAACUGAAUCGUCAGUUAAGCCAGGGUGGUCAGUUGAAUCAGAUGAACCAAUUAAAUCAAGGUCAAUUAAACCAAGGCCAAGUGAACCCAAGCCAAGUGAACCCAAGCCAAAUGAACCCAAGCCAAAUGGACCAAAGACAAAUGAACCAAAGUCAAUUUAGCCGGAACCAGGUGAACGCAAACCAAAUGAACCAGAACCAAAUGAACCAGAACCAGAUAAACCAGAACCAGAUAAACCAAACAAGCCAGAGCCAACCAAACCAACCAAGCACACCAAUGGACCAAGUGUACGGAUUUCAGUCGACAAAUACCGACAACGGAUACCAGGUGGUUUAUCCGGGCCAACAGAUGAAUGCAAACGACUCAUAUCCAAAACUUCAGCAGCCGCAACCAAGAACCAUGCCGAGAUCAGCACUAUUUAACCACAGGCAGAGUUUGGCAUUAGAAAGACCACAAUCAGCGCUUUUAGGCUCGCAAAGUGGCAUGAUGGGACCAAACAGGCUGGGAGUCGAGCCGCCGGGACCGACAGAUGCCGACGGUCCAGCCGUGGCAUAUCCGCCGGCUCCAAGAAGAAGACUUUCGAUUUCCAACGGUCAGAUUGGCCAGAUCAGCAUGAUUGUGCACAGGAGCGAAGCGCAAGGUGAGCAAACUAGGGCAAGCGAUGAAAAUUUGGUAAGUGAUGAAGAUCUUGGCAAAAGCAGGAGGUCUGAUUUGAUGCCACAUGUGCAAAACAGCCAGGGAACGAGUGUUCCGGUGGCUCACGUGUCGGCAUCCGGCGGAAUGGAGCGUCCUCGGGUUCCAAAUCGGUCAGAAAUAGAGGUGGACAAGGACGGUGUUCCAAAGAGGCAGUUGAUAUACAACAAUGAGGUCAUUUUCAAUCCAAAUGCGGGUCCAAUCCCUGGUACUGCAGCAUGGAAGAGGCAGCGAAUAUUGGAAAGAAACAGGAUUGCCGCUUCGAGAUGCAGGCAGAAGAAGAAAAACUUGCAGAAACGACUCCAGCAGGAUGUGAAGAGCCUGAAGAGGAAGAAGCAGUAUUUGGAAAUCGUCGUUCUUGGACUCAAGCAGAAGAUACGAGAUUACAUGAAGGAGAGUGGAAUUGGGUUGGACGAGAUUCUGGGCAGUGGAAACGAGGAUUUCCGACACUCACAGUCUGGUGAUGAUACCGGCGAUGAUUACUUAAGCAGCUCUGAUGAGAAGAAGUUCAAAAGUUCGAAGAAUGGGAAAAACAGUAGUGGUAACAAAGCUGCUUUGGAGCCUCCAAAGGUCACAACCGAUACUCUUCGGAAGCUUUUAAUGUCUGGCGAUCAGGAUAUGUAUGCUGAUUUGGGAAGUUCUUGA